AUGCGGCAUAGCCCAUGGAGCGUGGCCCGACUCAGUGUGUCCCAAAGCCGGCAUUCGCGUAUCCCUAACUUCCGCUUCCGCAGGAAGACCAGCCAGCUGGAAGAGCGGCUGGACCGUCUCGUCAACUUACUUCGGGUAUCAGACGGCACCUCCGCCCUGGCGUCUCACGCUGAGACCGCUCAGAUAAAUACCUGUACAGAACCAACGCCUCUGGUCCCCAAUAACACCUACUCGGCACUGCCUCCUAAUCAUCCAGGCCCAGACCUUCAUGCGCAAAACGACGUUUCUUCACGCAGGGCAAUCGAGCUUGCCGACGUGUGUCCCGUCAAGAUCCCCGUGUCUUACAACGCCUUUGUGCCGCCAACAUGCAUCUGCAGACCCGAGCCGGGCGAAGCGCCACCGCCGCCCGAUACGGACGAGAACCUGUUAAAGGUCUACCGUACGGUCAUGGCGCCGCAGUUCCCGUUCGUACUGGUACCCGAGGGCGUGUCUGCCGCCACACUCGGCGCGACGAGGCCCUUCCUCAUGGCUGCCAUCCGGAUGGUGUCGUCGUUCCGGAGCAUGAGAUCUAUGCGCGGCCAGAUGUACCGUCUGCUGAACUACAUUGCCGACUACAUGGUCCUACGUGCUGAGCGGUCUUUCGACCUUCUGCUCGGUCUGGUAGUCGUUGUGGCCUGGUUCCACCACCACUGUGUCGCCCACGCACAGCUCCACCAGCUUAUCUCGCUGGCCGCGUGUCUCGUGGGCGAGUUGGGUCUGAAGAACAGCCCCUGUUUGCCUGAGCGAACUAGACUAUUGGUCCUGCGGCCCUGGGAGAUGAGAGAGCGAACGAACGAGGAAAGGCGCGUGUUGCUAGCUGUGUGGUAUCUCAGCUCUUCUAUUGCCCUGGACAUCCACGCGUUUGACCCGCUGAGGUACUCGAGAUACAUGCAGCAGUGCACCAGGGAACUCCAAGAAACCCAGGAAUACGACUCGGACAUGCAGCUCAUCUGCAUUGUCAGAAUCCAACGUCUAUGCGAGAGGGUGGCAGAUUUGAGGUCGAGAGACUACGACGACGAGGAAGCUGACAUGGUCGUCCGGGCUCCCUUCUCGGCUCACAUGAUGGGAUUCAGUGCAGAGCUCAACAAGCUCCAAGCUGAGAUGCCCCCGGGCUUGCUUCACCUCAAGAUACGGACAGCCACUGCGCGCCUUCGCAUCCACGAACCACCCAACAUCGACGCUGAGCUGCUUGCCUCACUGUCAAAGUCCCUGGGAUCCGCCGGCUCCGGCUCCACAAACGCUCUGGAUGCAUUCUAUCAAUCCAACGCCGCUCUGAAGGCGUGGUUCGACACCUGGCUUUCCGUGCCUGCUGAAUCGUUCUGCGGCAUGGCGCUCCCGAUGGUGUCGCACAUGGUCUACGGCGUCAUGAUGCUGAGCCGCUGGGCCUGGCUGGCGUCCAGAGAGAACGUCCCCUCGACCCUCCUGCAGGCGGAGCCCGUCGACCCGUUCCGGAACCACUCCAACAUCGCCCUCGCGGCGAUGGAGGCGGCCAUCAACCCCAACGCGCGCACGAGCCCGGCAAGCCCGUCGGCCGCGCCGAAGGGGUCCUCGCCGUGGCAGACGACGCUGCCGGACGACGACCUCCCGCGCGCGCUGGCGGCGCUGAAGGCGCAGCUCGCGACGCAGCCGGGCCUGAUGCUCGACGUCAACGGCUAUCUCGACCGGGUCGUCGCGCAGCUGCAGGCCGUCGACGCCGCGUACCGGGAGAUGUCGGUCGACGACGGCGAGUGGCGGGAUAACAUCUGGAGCCUCGGGGCGACCAAGGUGAAGAUCGCGCAGCUCAGACAGGCGAGGUGGUCCAAGAUGGUGGCGGCGCAGGCGGAGGUGGGAGAGCUGAAGGAUCGCAGGGGAGGAGGGAACCAUGAAGGGGUCGUCGGCCAAGGGGAGAUGCAGGAGGACUUUCUCGCGUCGUUGCAGAUGCCGGACUGGGAUGCGAAUAUGGUCUGGGACCUGCUGGGGUAUCAUGACCGUAUGCCGGGAGAUGAGCAGCUUUGGGAGGAUGUGAGCCCGGGUGAACAAAACUGGUCGUCUGUUGCGAUGGGUGGGAUGGGUGGGUUUGGUCAGCUAGGUGGAGAUAUGAAUAGGUGGAUGUAA